UGGGGAAGUUCAGGGGGCAGAUUCCAAGAAGGGGAAGUGGGAAAGGAUGUGAAACUCGGCGGCACCCUGGUGACACCCUCUGCUCAUGGGUGUCCCACCACCAGCAAAGUACCAGAACAUCCAGUUUGAGCCGACCACGGAGACAGGAUUCCUGUGUGUCUCUACAGGGACGUCAUGGAGGCCUCUCAGGGAUGGCUGGUAGCCUGUGUGCUGGCCGUGACCCUGGUAUCCACAGUGACCCAGGAUGUCUGCCGAGCACCCAAUGGGAAGGAUGGGGCUGCAGGAAAUCCUGGCCGUCCAGGGAGGCCGGGUCUCAAAGGAGAGAGAGGGGAACCAGGAGCUCCUGGCAUCCGGACGGGCAUCCGAGGCCUUAAAGGAGACCAGGGGGAGGAUGGACUCCCCGGAAAACCAGGCAACAUGGGGUUCCCAGGGCCCACUGGGCCCCCGGGGAGCAGUGGCCCCGCAGGACCGAAGGGCGUCAAAGGCAACCCAGGCAAUAUCAGGGACCAGCCCAGGCCAGCUUUCUCAGCCAUUCGGAAAAACCCACCGACAGUUGGCAAUGCGGUUAUCUUCGACCAGGUCAUCACCAACGAGGAGGGCCCAUACCAGAGCAACACGGGCCGCUUCAUCUGUGCGGUGCCUGGUUUCUAUUACUUCACCUUCCAAGUGACCUCCAAGUGGGAUCUCUGUCUGUUUAUCAAGUCCUCCUACCAGGGCCAAGCCAGGAGUUCCCUGGGUUUCUGUGAUGCCAACAGCAAGGGGCUCUUCCAGGUGAUCUCAGGGGGCACUGUGCUCCAGCUGCAGAGGGGGGACCAAGUGUGGAUCGAGAAGGACGCAAAGGGUCGCAUUUACCAAGGUCCUGAAGUCGACAGCAUCUUCAGUGGGUUUCUCAUUUUCCCCUCGGCCUGAGCUGGGGAGCCACCCCACAUUCCUCCACUCCCUGUUAGGGGACCCUGCCCUGGACCCCUUCUCUCUGCUCAGGGAAGGAACUAGAGCCCGUGAUUCAGCUGCCCGGGGGCAGGGCUGGCUUGGAGGACCCUGAGGACUGGUGCUUCUCUGCACACGGCCCAGGGGUUUCUUCAAGCAUUUUCUGAAAUAAAUGACCCCAUCUGUA